GGACUCAUUCACCAUGCAUGUUUGCCAUCAAGAAUGUCCGGUAGAGUGAAUCAAGAUCAAUCAAAAAUCGAAUUAAAGAAUAAUAUUCAAAUUAACAGUGAUUUAAACAAUUUUGGAUGAUCUAGAUGAGUCCACUAGAUCGAUGGUUAAAAAAAGGAAGAUUUAGUGCUUAUUCUACCCAGGCGCACUUUGAAUUAAUGAAGUACAAAAUUGAGAAAUUUGGACGAGAAAGAUGAGAUUAAGAAUUGGUUCGUUUUGGAUGAUAAUGGUGCCAUUGUUACCAUUCCAAGCAAUUGCUGCAAUUAGAAAGGAAUCUAGCGAUGUUUAUCUAAAAAAAGUCAUCCAAGAGCUGCAAACAUUUAACGGUCCCGUUUCUUUGGAUCCAAAUGAAUUACAAGCUGAUCCUCUAGCUUUGGUUUCAUUUCACAAUAAUAAAAACCAGAAAGUUCUCCGAAAUCAGUAUUGGAAAUCUGGACUAGAUCAUCAUCAGUUCGACCAUAAUCAAUACCCUGGUAGUCAAAUUCAACCAAUAUCGAUUAACAAGAUUGAUAAUGAUCUCCUCGAAUUGGAUACCAGCAAUCAGCAUAUUCUAUCGAGGCCCCAGGCGAAUAAUAAAUCCUGGAAGGAAGAUGCAACCGGAGCAAUUGGUUUAACAAAUGUUCAACUGGCAGCGAUGUAUGGAACUGCAUUUCAAAAAGGAGCACCUGUAGGUCUUGUACCUUUGACGACUGCUCUCUUAUCAGGAAAGACACCUAGAGUCACUUCCACUCAUCUGGAAAUACCUUCGUCUCAAUACCAGUACAGUUACUAUUUUGUUCCCCUCAAGUCCUUUGGGACUGAACUCAUAAAUAACCAUGGCUACAAAACGAUACCCGACAGUAUAAUCGAGGAUCCCGAAGUGAUGGAAUCGCAAAAGCAGAUGACAAAUCCACUUUUUGCAGCCGUCAGUAGUUUCAUCGGUAUGGCUCUUUUAUUCAUGGCGGGCGUUUUGAUAUUCCCGAAGCUGGGAGGCUUCGUCCCUAGGGACCAGCAGGACGAUUUUCUCCAUUUGGUACAAACUGUUACAGAAGCCAUCGAUAAAAAAAGUCCCCUCACGGGACGCAGUCGGAAAAGUUUUACAAACUGGUCAUUCCGAAAGCGAAAUAUUUCCGAAAUUUGAUUCCACAAGUUUCACUUUUCUUCUACUACUUUUAUUAUAUAAAAGCCAGAUGUUCCUGCCAAAUUUAGUUUUAAUUCUAGCUUAUAAGCUUCGUCUAAAUUAAAAAUAUUUUUAAUAUCAGCACUGAGAUGAUACUGAGAAAAGGGAAAUAUUUUAAUUUAAUUUAUAAUAUAAAUAAAAAUAGACAUUAUAUUCUGCAGACGUAGAUCUAUUGAAACAAAUUACAAAUCACAGAUAAUUACAUUCAAAUUUCAGCGUCUUUUAAUUUACAGCAGAAUGGUAAUAACCAGUACGGACACGAAAAAGAAAUUUACAAAAAUAAAAUCUUUAAUUUUUUUUAAGUUAUUUUUUUAAAGAUUUAAAACAUUCCCACAAAGUAAACGAACCCGUACAAUUUUAAUUUCUAUCUUUUAUAAUGUGUACAAUCGAUUUUCUUUCACUUGUGAAAAAAGAUCUUUUGACUAAUGAUUUAUCACUGAUUCGCUGACUGCUUUGCUGCUGGAUUUUGACUAAAUAUCGAAAUUAUUUUUAAAUUAAACACUUUUGGAUUUCUAAACAAAUACUCUUAUAAAUUAGAAUGAUUGAGUUUUCUGUGAAAGAAAAAGCUCUCGAUAUUUAGCCAAGGCGAAUUAAAAAAUAUAUUUUAAGGACAGGAAUUUUUCGUAGAAGUAUGUACAUCACUUGUAGGAAUUCAAAAAAGUAAAUACAAAUAAAAUUAUUACUUAAAAAA